AAUCUACGGCAGGUAUUUUUUCUGCUGUUGUAAACUUACGAAAAUGGCGUGAAGAACAGUUUCAGCAAUUUCAAGACAUGCAGUUGCGUGAAAAUCAAAAAUUAUUAGGGGGGUCCUUCCAAAAGCAAAAAACACUUGAAGAUUUGGCAGAAAAUCCUCAAGGAAAUUUACAGAAUAACAAGAUUGCAGCUGGUAUGUCUUCUGAAAAAACUCUCCUAGAUUGCAAGACUUCAGAUGAUUCUAGCCUUACAAGUCAUUUUUUGCGUUGCUUCAGUGAUACUUCCCAAGACAGUGGUUCGCUUUAUGAGAAUAAGGUUGGUGUCCAUCAAGCAAGGAGUACUGCUCCUGCUGGAAUCCAGUCUUACAUUGAUCUACUGGAACAGAAAAAAGCAAGAAAAACUGAUGAAAUGGCUGAAUCCAGUGAAAAGAAUACUGCUUCAAAGCCUAAGCGUCCUUACCUGAAGAAAGGUUCAGGCUUGCUAAGGUACAUGCCUAAAUCUGUAAAGGAUAAAGAAUCAACUGUAAAAUAUAAACCUUCUAUUCCGGAGAAAGGUGCCAUUUCUGUCCCAUUUAAACCAGUUUUAAAGUUGAAACCUCCACCUCAAAAAUCUGCAUUUCCGAAUGAGAAGGUGAAACAUAUCCGAUUUCAAGACCCAAUUAUUCAAAAUGAUUAUGAAAAGUUAUCUGUUAAAUCAUCAAACUAUAAAUCUGAAGAAAGCAAAGCAUCUGUUACAGAAUCUGUGAAGUCUAAUUCAGAUUCAGCUGUCCUUGAGGCUAAUAGCAGUGAUGUACAAGAAAAUAAAAGUAGCAGCGGGGAAGAAAGUUUAAAUCAGGAAAACCAAGAACUUGCUGUAUUUGAAAUGUUAGAAGAUUGUGCUCAGAAUAGCUCUUUUAAUAGUGAUUCAUCAUUUGUUCAAAAGCUGCUGCAUGGUGAAAAUACAUUACCUGUAAAAUCCAAUCAGACAAGUGUAGUUAAACCUGCAGAAAGUAAUAUGUAUAGGGAGCCGAACAGGAGAUCUGUUGAAGAAAAUUCUGGGUAUUCUGUAAAAUCUAAUCUUAACAAGUUCCUUGAUGAUGUGCAGGCUAGGAAAAAUAGGCUAGAACAGUUGAUAUCAGAUAUUGAUCCAAGAAUAGCAUCCUUACAGAAAGAAAUUUCACCAUCUGAUAGGAACACUUUCAUGAAUGAUAAUCUUAAUGUGAAUGAAAGGUGCAGUACUCCGGACAAUGGCCUUAAUAAGGAUAUACAAAUGGCAGUAGGAGUAGAUGAAUGUGCUAAUGAAUCUUUUGAUUCAUCAAGCUCUACAAUUCAUGAUGGCGAUGUUGCUACUAGACCUUCUAAGCUUGCAUUUCACAAUGAUAUUCCUAUUUCUGAUGAAUAUGUGACUGGCCAGGACUAUUUACAGAAAAAGGAGAAUUUGAUUCAGCAAGAAACAGCAGAUGCAGUUGAAGGAUGUUCACCUGAAAGAGCUGCAUUUAGGGAAAAAAUGAAAGAACUGGAAAAUGAAAUUGAAGUAUAUCAAGAGCAUAAUGCACGGCUAUCAAAACUUAGUAAAGAAAGAGAAGAGGUCUGGAAAAAACUGCAAAAAGAACGAGAAGAAUUCCAGAAACAUAAAGAGCUGGAAGAACAAAAAAUAGAAGAAGCAAGACAACAGAUCAAGCGAGAAAAAGACACCUUUAAGAGGCUGCAAAAGUUGCAAAAAGAUAAUAUGAGUAAAAAGGAAAGAGAAGAAUUGACUGCUUUAAGAAAAGAGGUGGAGGAUUUACGGAAGGAACUUAAAAAGCAAAAGAUUAAAUAUAAUGAAGAUAUUCGUAGACUUAAAAAUCAGUUGCUUGCUGCAGAAAGAGAUAGGGAUACGUUUAAAUUGGAAAAUAUAAAGCUCAAUGACCAGUGUGAAGAUUUACUUAUUGCUUUAAAGGCUAGGAAUAAAACAAAGAAAACUGUUACUAAUGAAAAAGGUUUGGAUGCAGAAAAUGCCAACAUGAAAUAUGACUCAAAAAUUACAGCGAAUGAAAAUGGAAUUGAAAAAAAUACUUUAGAUGCUGUAAUGGAUGAUGAAAAGAUUGAGAGUGUUGAUCAUAUGACACAUUUUAGAACAGACAUGACAAAAUUAAAGGUGCAUUUCAAUUUGAAACCUGAGUAUGAUGAAGCAUUAGCUGAAAGCUCAGAAAAUGAAAUUGCUGGUAUAAGGAAUAAAUUACAAACAUCUGUUUGGGAUGAAAUUGAAGAUGCUGAAGAUACAGAGACAAAUGCUGCUAAUGAAGUUGAAGAGCCCGAGUACAGAGAAAUAGAACGCGGGGGCAAUAUAGAAAGAAUAUAUCACUCAGGAGAUAAAGAAAUUAUUUAUGGUAAUGGAUCACGAAAAUUUUUCGAUGCAAGUACUGGCAUCACAAAAGUGGAGCUGUAUAAUGGAGAUGUAAAAGAAAUUUUCCCAGAUAAAAGCGAAAUUUAUAGAUUUGCCGAUGGAAUCAUUGAGAAAACUUUACCUGAUGGUUUAGAAAUUACAGAACUUCAUGAUGGCCAAAUUCAGAAGCGGUAUCCUGAUGGCCAUAAAGAAAUCAUAUUUCCAGAUGGAACCAUUCAUAACUAUCAUCUUGAUGAAUCUCUAGAAAUUCGGCAAGCAGAUGGAACUGUGAUUUUCCUGCUUGCAGAUGGAAGACAAAUCAUUGAAUAUAAAAAUGGGCAAAGAGGAAUUGGAACGCCUGAUUAUAAACGACUGGAAUAUCCAGAUGGAUCUGUUAAAAUUGUGUAUAAAAGUGGAAGACAAGAAUCACGGUAUGCUAAUGGAAGGAUUAGAAUUAAAGAUAAAGAUGGCAAUUUAAUAGUGGAUACAUUUUAUCUCAAAAAGAAGAAAGGUUAUUCAAGUCAUACGUAAUGAAAGAGGAAAAAACUAUGCGGGGACAAUCAUUGAAAUCAAGUUGCUUCUAACUGUGCAUACUUAUUCGAAGAGCUUAUGCUUUCUUCCAUUUCAGUUCUUCAUAAAAUAAUUGUGAUAUAUUAAAUUUUUAACAUGAAUUUGUACAUAAUUAAAUAUUUUGUAUAUAUGUACAUGCUGAUGUAAAUAAACAUAUAUUAUUAUGUGAAUUUCAUAAAAUGGUUUUUAGUUUUGCUAAAAGUAUAUGUACAUUUAAUGUUUUCUUAGCAUAGUGUGUUUUCUCGAUAUAAGUAGAAGCUAUAAAUAUUCUAAUUUUAUUUUCAAUAUAUGUUUACAGCAUUACCUGGUAAUGUUUAAAGUAUCUUUACAACUAGAAAAUCCUCCCAAGUGAGUAUGAUAAAACGUGUAGCAAGUCAAGACAUUUUUGGUGACGGUUAGUAGAAUGUUCAUAAAAUGUUUGAUAAAUAUCCUAAUCAUUUUUAGCGAUAAAUUAUCCUAACCUAAUUUUUAUUGAAACAUCUGGUUUUAAGAUGAUAGUUUUUUAUUUAUUUAUUUAUUUAUUUUAUUUAUGUGUACAAAUAUAUUUGAUGCUUUCUUAUACUUAAAAGAAAUUUCAAAUGCCAUGAUACUUUAGUUUCCUUCUCUUAACAACAUUGCAUAACUUAUUCUCAUUCUACCCCUCAUAAUUUUGAAGCAAUCAGUAUUUUCUCAGGAGAAAGUCCUUUAAAUUCAUUGUAUAACCUUCAGGUACAAAAAGUGAUUAAUUUUUAAUGUGUGAUUUUUAUUUUUGCUUGCUUUUUUCAACCAAAUAAUACAUAUGUGAUACAUUCAAAAUUUAUGUUUGUAUGGCAGGAAAGUAUUUCUGUAGUUUUUAUUGGAAAAACAUAAAUUCAAAUUUGAUUAGAGCUGCAGAAACUAGUUAAUUUGGCUAAAUGUUUUAAAAUACUUGUGUUUUAUCAAAUUCAAUUUUAGCUAAUUAGUAUGAUUAAUCUGAUACUCUGAAUUUGCAUAAAUGCAGCAUACAGUGAAUACAUAUUAAUUUCUGCAAUAAGUUCUGAAUUAGAAAAUAACAUUCCAUUUUUAGCAGUUAGCUUCAGUUGUGUUAAAGAAAACAUAAUGUGUGUUUAGGUUCUGUUAAAUACUUUAGCUCAUGAACAUAUUAUUUUGUGUAUUUUUAGAUUAAAGUUCUCUUUGUAAUUAAAUUUUCAUUGUCAGUCUUAAAUAACGUGUUGUAAGGAAUCUUAUGCUUUCAGCCUUUAUUAUAACUUCAUCUUUCCUUAUUCUUCACUGGAAUGCAAAUUAAUUGUGAAUAUUUAAACUGAAGUUUUUGGAUUUGAAAGAGAGAGUGUUUCUAGCACUGUGUGUGCACUGCAUGGUAGGUUUCCUGCCAGCUCUGAUAGUUGUAAUUAUUUGGCUUUUCAUUCUCUAGCUGCUAGUAAUUCUGAUGCUCUGAUAGAGUUAUUGAGCCAUUUUCUAGUGUUGUAUUUAAUUGUAUACUCUUCAACUAUUUUUCAAUGUUUAAUUAAAUUUGGAUUGUUCAAUUUAUGUGCAACACCAUGAAUUGUGGUUAUUGUAGCACAAAAGUGUUCAUUUAUGUUCCAAGCUCUGAUUGAAUAAAAAGGUUAU